AAGGUCUACCAAACUACCAAACAACCCUGACGCCGCUCAAUUUCAAAUAUUUUUGUUUAGGUUCAGGCGGCGCAAUUGUCCGUUUGCUAAUGCACUAAUUACUGUCCUCCUUAUAACGGUACGCUUAAUGUUUACUCUUCCAACUUCUGGGACGACCGCGCCUGAAUAGACAUAAACACUGACAUCUUUGAGAUGGCUGACUGUGACGAAGUGAAAGCCAUCCUGAGCUCCAUCCUUGUGAGCGAAAAAAACGGCUUGACGCUGCAAGCCUUGGAGGCGGAAUACCGGUCUAUGAAUGGUGCUGGGAUUCCAUUCAAAAGCCUCGGACAUGCUACGCUACAAGCCUACUUCGAGAGCAUACCGGAUGCGGUCACUUUGCGGCGAGGCCCCGCCGGAGAGUGGAUGGCGCAAGUCGUGUGCACCACAGAGACUGCGCACGUCCGCAGGAUGGUGGCCGAGCAGAAGUCCGGGAAGCCCGGUCCUUACCGGCCGCCCAAAAACUGGAACCAGAAGCCGCGCCGCCAGGUGACGCAGCCUUAUCGUCCCCUCGCCAACCGUUCUGUAAGGAACCCCCAGCGGCCCAAUGCCACGUCGAACUUUGUCGUCGACGAGCAGCGCCAGCCGUCAAGACCUUGGAACAAUGGCCCCGGCGGCGCACCGUUCCGUCCCAAAAUGUGGAGCAACGUCAACCGGUUCGCGCCAGCUCCGCACAACCCUCAACCCAUUCAUGAUGAACUGGGACCUCGGUGUAGCGCUCAGUACAAUGGCGUACGUGAGCACGACAUAGACUGGAACGUUCACAAACAUAGCAUGAACUGGAACGUUCAGAAACGGAGCACGAAUUGGAACGUUCGCAAACAGAGCACGAACUGGAACGUUCGGAAGAUGCCCAGUAACAGACCAGCUGUUCAGCGAGUUUGGCAACGGAACGUGCCGAUCAACCGCAAGGGGGAUCGAGACGGCGGUGCGUCAACAGUCGCAAGCUGGGUCAUGUUCCUGGUGAGCGCGGACGUCCACCCGGGCCUCGUGCGGAGGUAUGCCGCGCUCCUCAGCAAGCAGGGGCUGACCCCGGACAACGCCUGGGUCAUGUCGAUCGAAGACCUCUUCAGGGUCGGUGUGCGCAAUUCUCACGACAUCCGGCUCAUUCAGCGCCACGCCCACAAGGUGGGGGCGGCCAUGGGGAUGGUUGACGACGGCGAGGAGCCAAAUGAAGACUCCUUUUCAAUGGAUCUCGCACUGCCUUGGAGCGCACAGCAGUCGUCUGCCGGCAAACGUUCUGCUUCCUCAAGAACGAUCGCCGACCGAUCUGGAGUUCUGCAGGUGACUGUGCGCAACGAACGUUGUGGAGAACAAUCCACUGCGGAUGCGUUGUCAAUGUCGAGCUACGAAGUAGUUGACAUGUGUUGCGAGACAACAGAGUCCGAGGACAGCUCGGACGACGAGAACGUACCGCCCCCCAAAGUCUUGUCCCAGGUGCGGCGGGCAAGUCGAGGCUUCAAGGUGACUCCCAUGAAGCGUGUCUCUGCGCUGCGCCGUCUGGACUGAGAGCCAAGCAGAUCAUCGUCAUAAUCGGCACAUGUUCUAAUAGCUUGAACCGUCAAAACCGAAAGUUCGUCGAGGACGCUUCGCCACGACUUGCAGAAGUCUUCAAUUUGUAUUUCUACUGGCGUGAUAAAAAUAAACACGUGUGCAGUGGU